UUCAUCCAUUCAUAUCUAGCAUCCUUGAACUUGAACUGUUUACAUCUGAGGCUUUGUACACAGGGAGCCGUACACAAUCAUAUUAUUGUGUUUGAGGAUGAAGACACAGUUAAGGAGACAGCUGCGCUAUGUGUGAAGUAGGCAUGAGUCGGAGGCGUUGAAAGCAAUUUCUGGUAAACUGCAGCUGUACACAGAUCACAUGCUGUUAUUGCUUUAAAAAAAAAGGGUAGUCAGAGCAGAGAGCGAUAAAGUUUGUCAGAUGUUUGUUUUUUUCUACAGGAACCUUUUUCUUCAUGGCUUCACUGCUUAGGUUUGUGACUGGAAUAGAAUAGGUUUGUGAAUGUGAGAUUGUACUCUCUUUUCACCGUGGAUAUUUGAUUAACUCUGGGCUGACUGACACAAAGCCCCUGAGAGUGUUUAUCAGGGCUGUAAAGGAAGCCCGAGGUCAUCUGAUCAAACUUAAAAAAACAGAGCCAUAUGAAGCCCAUUUUUAUUUAAACACAGGACGUAACAAUACUGUUUUCACUUCCCUAUAGAGACAUUUGAGAGGACGUGUUUGAUUUCAUGUUUAUGUAAAGAAUAAACCUGAAUGAUCUGUGAAGAGACUGUGUAGGUCAGGGAGGACAGGAAGUAGUGUCAGCUGAAAACCGUUAGAGUCAAAUAGUGAGUAAGUGUCACACAGUUUCUCUCGCAGUCGCUCGGCUGGUCUCUGAGGACAUGUAAAGAGAAACUGCCCGGUGAGCCGUACACCACUGAGCUGACACGUGGAGGUGUAUUUAUUUGCUUCAACUAAAACAGGAUUCAGUUUGAUUACAAGUUACGAGUGUGAGAACUGGAUUUGUUGAGUUUAUGUUGUUGAGUGUUGAUAGAUUGUUUUGGACUGAUAGGUCCUGUAUAAGUCCUCUAAGUGUUUGGAACACUGUCUGUGUACAUGUUUGGCUGGGCUCUGUUAGCAUUUGACAGCUCCGCUCUGGGCUCACUUCAGUGUCUGAGACGUCAUUGUGUUACCUGUGUGGGUGAGUCAGAAGCUGGCUCAUCACUCUGCUGUCUGUCUGCCCACACGGAUUCUCCACCUGCUCCUGUGCAAAGAAGACACAAGUGUUAGGUGCUUUCACAGCGGUGACACCAGUAAACCUGAACUUUCAUAAGUCUUCCACACUGCUGUAAUUGUUCUGCUGUGUGUAAACACCUUGCGUCAGGCACACCUUUCCCUUGAGUGAUUCACUGCUCCGUAAGCAUCCCAGGAUUGGAGGCGGGCAGUGAAGAAAGAGGUGAGAGAGGACUUGCUAAUAACCGGAGUUCAUCAGUGGUUGCAGAGCUGCAACAGUGAGGGUGGCAUCAUGAAGCUGGCACUCUUGAUUGCCAUGGUUGUGUACAUGGUGGGCAGAGCAUGCAGUAUGUCUACGUGUAAGACGUUGGACUUGGAGAUGGUAAAGAAAAAGCGCAUUGAGGCCAUCAGGAGCCAGAUCCUCAGCAAACUGCGUCUGCCAAAGGAGCCUGAGCCAGAUCAGGCUGGAGAUGAGGAGGUGAUCCCUCCCCCGCUGAUGUCCCUCUACAACAGCACGAAGGAGAUGCUGAAGGAACAGCAGACCCAGGUCCAGACAGACAUCUCAACAGAACAAGAGGAGGAGGAGUACUUUGCCAAAGUGCUACACAAGUUCAACAUGACCAAAAAAAAUGACACCGACAGGCCCAAGAACACCAACAUAAUAUCAAUGUCCUUCAACAUCGCCGAGAUACGGGCAAGUGUGGGAGAUUACCGCCUGCUGACCAGUGCAGAGCUGCGGAUGCUCAUCAAGAAUACGGUGAUACAAACUGAGCAGCGGGUGGAGCUGUAUCAGGUUCAGGGGACAAAGCCUGUUUACCUUGCUUCCCGUUUGAUCACUAACGAGUGGAAAGACAAGUGGCUGUCCAUUGAUGUCACAAAGACCUUGCAGGACUGGCUCAAAGGGACUGAUGAUGAGCAGGAGUUCCAACUUCAGCUGCACUGUCAAUGCAGUGACACAAAUGGCCUCGGUUUUGAAGUUUCUGGAAUUCAAAAUGGAAGGGGAGACACAGGAACGAUGCAGCAGUUGACACAGCAACCGCCCUACAUCCUGACCAUGUCUAUCCCUCAAAAUGUCAGCAGUCACCUGUCCUCACGCAGUAAACGUUCCACUGAAACAAAGGAUACCUGUACAGCCCAGACUGAGACCUGCUGCGUGCGGAGCUUGUACAUCGACUUCAGGAAAGAUCUGGGCUGGAAGUGGAUACACAAGCCGACGGGCUACUUUGCUAACUACUGCAUGGGGUCCUGCACCUACAUCUGGAAUGCCGAAAACAAAUAUUCUCAGAUUUUGGCCCUGUACAAGCAUCACAACCCGGGAGCCUCGGCCCAGCCCUGCUGCGUUCCCCAGGCGCUGGAACCACUUCCAAUCCUCUACUACGUGGGCAGGCAACACAAGGUGGAGCAGCUGUCCAAUAUGAUUGUGAAAUCCUGCAAGUGCAGCUAAAAAUACACAGCUGUGCCUCCCCUCAAACACAAAUUGAGAUGGAAGAAGUCGUGUUUGAGACCACAGACGAGAAUAUCUUGCUGAGAGUGAGAGAAAGAGAAUAAUGUAAGGAGCAGACAACGGGAACAAAUGUUUGAAUUCAUCAGGAUUUUUGUUGUCUGGCUUUCCUCCUGCGAGUCCUGCCAUUAUCAUGUUGGAAGCACAUCAAACCAUGGAUUCUUAAUAUAGAUAUCAUAGGUGAUUUUCUUUUUCUAUGUGAAUAUACUUUUUCCUUGCAGUAGUAAAAAAUAUCUGUCUUGAAAUGAAUUAAUUUAUUUGUUGGCUGGACGGAUCUGCUAAGAAGUGAUACCUGGUUAAGGUAUUAAAAAAUGAUUUAUUACACACACAAAAAGGUGUAUAAAGGAUACCAAAAGACAUGAGGACCAAAAAUGACCUCGAUGGAAGAACACUUUUCUUUUCACAGGUGGUUGUCUGGGACAUUUUUGUUUGCCACGUCAUCCCCCUAAAGAGGUCAUAGUUAAAGGUGCUAAAUCCCAGGUAUGGGAAACAGUGACUGUUGGUGUUUCCCUGGAAGAUAUUGCUGCAGGUGUUUUUGGAGAGAGCAACACCAUAAAGGACAGCAGACAACCACAGGGACAGUCCAACCUGGGGAAACUCCCUCUAACUGAGAGGCUGGAGUUUUUCAGUCAACCAAGCAACAUUUCACAUCAACCGUCCAUCAGGUUUUUGUUUGCUUUUUCAACCCACAUGAUUUUUACAAUGCUUUUUUUGUCACUCUGUUUGUGUUCAUGAUUGAAUGUCAGCUUGUCCUUAUAACGGCUCCUGAGAUGUCAAAGCCAUGAGUUAUAUCAGUGGUUGCAAGCGUGGUGACACCAUGUUUUUCUUCCCUGCGGCAUUUACAGCCAACUUGUUUUCUUUAGAUGGUGAGGGUCAGGCAUGUGGUUGUGUUGCUGGUUUUAGGGAGGAGUCAUUCAGGCACAAUACAUACAUUUGCUGUUUUUUAGUAAAUUAGGGGCGAUUUAUUGCCUUUUUUAUUUCCGGACAAUUUCUUACUCUCAUCUGAAGUGUGAUGCUUUUUGCACAACUCAGUAAUUUCCAAAGAAUUCAACUUUAGUGAUUUGUUUUAGAAAUAAAGCAACACAUUUUUUCUGUUUACCUUAUUUUUAUAAUGCACUUAACAUUUGAAAUUGUGUAAAUACAAAAAAAACCCUGAAAUAAACAUUGAUGUUAAAUUA